CUCUCUUUGUUGACGGACUACUCAUGUCGUCCCCAACGUCCAGGCCAGUGGCCAUAAAGCCCAAAUCAUCCAACAGCGAUGACAACGUUUCUGCUUCUGCCUCUGGCAGUGUCGAUAUCCGACAUCUACGUGCUCAUUUUCCCGGCACACCUCCCAACGCAGCCCUCAAUAUCCCUCCUAGAACGGGAACACCAAUGAGCAACUCACCAGCUCUUUCCUCAACACCUCUUCCAAGUGGAUUGGUUGACGCACAGCUAUUGAGAGGUCGGGCUCCUGGCGCCAGGAGUGCAACUGCAAGCCCCAUGGCGCAACCCGUCGACUUGGAUGAUUUGCCCGACGAAGAGAAAGCUAGGAUAUUGAGGAGACAUUUGGUCCUCAAGGAAGAGAGAGAAAGAGAUUUGCAAGAAGAGGAGGGGGAAGAGGAGCAGCAGCAGCAACAGUUGGAGGUGCCCAGCACCUCUCGCCGGUCUUCCAAUUCCCAGAACGCCAGCAGCAAUGGUACUCCUCGAGCAGUGGCCAGGGAACUAUCAGAACCAUUUCCGAUACCCUACGAUGCUCCUGGUGCGGAUGUAACGCAUGAUAUCUACAGAUGGCAUGCGAAUGCUCAGAGACAAGCAGCUCGGGUCCGUUCAGCCUCGUUUCAUGGUCUAAACCCCCCUUCGGAUCCAGCAUUUGAGCACAUCCACGAGCCUGGCGGCUUCAGGCGGAAUUACGUCCUACUGCGCGCGAAUGAACAAGGUGCCGACGAGCCGGUUAUGUUGAACAACUUCAUCGACUUUUUGUAUCUAUACGGCCACUUCGCCGGAGAAGACUUGGAAGAAGAUGAAGAGGAGGAAAAGGACGAUGAAGAGCAACCUGUUCCUGGUCCAUCGCGGGGUGAUGUACCUCCCAGUGCCGGAUUUGGAGACGUCUCGGAAUCAGCACCUUUAUUGGGCAAAAGGCGGUCAGUCUCCAGGUCAAAGUCACGGCGCCGAGGUUCGGUUGGUCCACACGGAAAUGCUACCGUUACUCAAGCCGUUCUGAUGUUGUUAAAAGGCUUUGUAGGAACCGGUGUUUUGUUUUUGGGCAAAGCUUUCAUGAAUGGAGGCAUUCUCUUCUCCUCCUUGGUUUUCAUAUUCAUUGCCGUCAUCUCAUUACACUCCUUCCUAUUACUCGUGAGAGCGAAAUUGGCUGUUCCUGGUAGUUUCGGAGAUAUCGGUGGAGCAUUGUACGGCAAUUGGAUGCGGCAACUCAUCCUCGGCUCUAUAGUCGUCUCUCAGAUUGGUUUCGUUGGCGCAUAUACGAUAUUCGUGGCGGAGAACUUGCAGGCUUUCGUUUUGGGUGUGACCAACUGCGUGCACAAUAUCCCCGUUCGAACAUUUAUUCUCCUGCAAACCCUUUUCAUCCUCCCUCUCUCGUUAAUUCGAGAUAUCGUCAAAUUAAGCACCACGGCUUUGAUUGCCGACGCGUUCAUUGUGGCUGGGCUGAUUUAUAUCUUCGGGAGCGAGAUUAGGUUGAUUGCAGAGAGAGGAACUAGGGAUGUGAUUCUGUACAACCCAGGAAAGGCUUCACUGUUCGUCGGAACUGCUGUGUUUUCAUUCGAGGGCAUUGGUUUGAUCGUUCCUAUUACCGACUCCAUGCGUGAUCCACACCAGUUCCCCAAAGUUCUAACUGGCGUGAUGGCUUUUCUCCUAGUCCUUUUCGGUGGUGCAGGCGUCCUAGCGUACUUAACCUUUGGCUCCGAAAUCAAAGCUGUCGUUCUGGUCAACCUCAACCCUGCGAGUAAAAUGGUCCAAGCAGUCCAAGUCCUAUAUUCAAUAGCCAUAAUGCUUUCAAUACCUUUGCAACUUUUCCCAGGUGUUAAGAUUCUUGAGAAUGGCUUAUUUACGCGUUCUGGAAAAGUCAGCAUGCGAGUCAAAUGGCUGAAGAACUCGUUCAGGUUUCUUAUAGUCUUUGUGACAUCUGCAUUGGCGACUGUCGGAGCGAAGGAUUUAGACAAGUUUGUUGCGUUCGUUGGGUGUUUCGCUUGCGUUCCGUUGUGCUACGUGUACCCUGCUAUGCUGCACUAUCGGGCGUGUGCGAAGACGAGGAGGCAGAAGGUCGCGGAUAUUGCGAUGAUGACGUUUGGCAUGCUUGUUGCUGUUUUCACGUCGAUACAAACCAUCAAGUUGAUGGUGUCGCCUGAUGAGGAUGGUGGUGGUGGAAUUGGGGCGUGUGAUCCUCCGAGCAGUCAGAAUCCGACGAAGGGUUUGGGUAUCUGGUAAAGAAUGAGGGUCAUGGAUCGUUUCCGAUCGAGUCUAGAUUUUAGAUCUCAUGGAUAUUGAGGGACAUCUAUGUACCAUCUGUACACAACAUUUGCUAGAAAAAAAAGUUUGGGAACCAGCA